AUGGUGGGCAUCGACAAGGGUCUGAAGAGCAGUUAUCUCCGCCCGAGACCGGUCAAUGUCCCCACGAGCUACCCUUAUCUCGUCACGCAGAGACGUCAGAGAUCUCUCGUUCUCAAGCUGAGCAAAGGCAAACUCAGCUCAAUGCUUCAAGACAGUGUCCGCCAUUUGGAGACGCCUGUCUCGCUCAUGUUCGAGAUCGUUGGGUAA